AUGUCGUUCCUCUGUGGUGGAUCAAAAACGGCACAGCGCAAGCUGGUCCUACUCUACUUCCCGACCGUCUAUGAGCCAACAGUGUUCGAGAACUACGUACACGAUAUCUUUGUCGACAAUGUGCACAUUGAGCUAUCGCUGUGGGACACGGCAGGCCAGGAGGAGUUUGACCGGCUGCGCAGCCUGUCCUACGACGACACGGACCUGAUCAUGCUCUGCUACAGCGUCGACAGCCGGGACAGCCUGGAGAACGUGGAGUCGAAGUGGGUGGGCGAGAUCGCGGACAACUGCCCGGGCGUGAAGCUGGUGCUGGUGGCGCUCAAGUGCGAUCUUCGCGAGGCGGACGACGAGGAGGCCAGCGAGGGCGCAGCGACGCAGGGCGGCGCGGCAUCUGGCGGCGGCGAAGACGGAUCGGCAGCGUCGGGUGCAGCGCCGGCAGCACGCGAGAAGAAGCCGAUGAUCACAUACGACCAGGGCCUAGAGGUGGCGCGGCGCAUCAACGCGAUGCGGUACCUGGAGUGCUCGGCGAUGCGCAACCGGGGCGUCAACGAGGCCUUUACGGAAGCUGCGCGCGUGGCCCUGAGCGUGCGAAAGGAACGCGAAGGCGGCAAGUGCACCAUCAUGUAG